AUGUCAAAGUGCAUUUGGUUCACAAAAUGCAAAUCUGGAAUUGAACAUCCAAAGAUUCAUGGAUCUCUAAACAUUCAAGAUUCUCUAUAGAGUCAUAUAUCUCUAAAAUUCAAGAAUCUCUGAAGAUUCUUGAAUCUCCAAGGAUAUAGGAUUCUCGUAAGAUACUUGAAUCUUCCAAGAUCUAUCAUUCUUUAGAGACGUAUGAUUUUCAAAACAUUGAUUUUGAUCAAUCAAAUCUAAAACAUGCCCUUCUUAGUCUGAGUUCAAGCCUUGCAUGGACCGUCUUCCCGUAGCAAAACAAACUAUCCGGCGGUGUUGCACAUGCCAAGAAGUCUCGACAGCCUCUGUAGGCUAAUAACUACGUAGGUUGUUACGAGAAGAAGAGUAAUAAGAAGCUUCAGAUCUAUUAUUUUUUAGAGAUGUAUUAAUCCCUAAAGAUUCGUAAAUCUUUCGGGAUGUAUAAAUCUUAUGCGAUUCAUUAUUCUUUCGAGAUUCGAGAAGUUUCGUGAAUCUUUCCAAGAUUCACAUUCAUUGAAGCACUUCAAAGAUUCAUUUAGACUCAUGAAUCUGAAUCAGAUUUACCCAACACUAUUGCAAUGAAAUGAUCAAGAUAAUUACCAUGGAAUGUAAAUAGCGCAUGAUAUUUAAGACAUUUAAGAAUGACAAAUUACUAACAGUUUUCGUACCCGUUCCUGAAUAGAAAAUCAAUACUAAAUUUGCAAAACAAAAAACUACUUUGUAUGGUUUAUAUACGCCCUAUUCUAACAUACGUAGUGCCGGCAGGAAUUACUGGAUUAUUGGAACAUAUUAAAAAACAAUUAUGAAUUGAUGAUUAUGUGUUAUGCACAAACGAUUUACAUAACAUAACUAACUUAUAAAAAAUGGAAGAAUUCAUAGGCAGUGGAAGAACGUACUUAACCAAAAAUCAGUAGUUUCUAUUUUCCUGUACAUAGCUCUCCUCUUCUCUAUCUAGUUAAGGAUUAAGUUUGACAAAUGUAGGGUAUGUGUUAGGAUAGAUAUUUUUGGAUUCGGGUAAAUUUGCAUGGUUCCUUUUGCAGUUUUCGUAUACAAGUAGAUUUAUUAUCAACUCUGCUAUGCUACCUAAUCAUUCUCGGUUAUUGAGGAAAGCGCAUUGCAAACGCAAUGUUAAGGAAUCAAUUAUUAUACAUGCUUUUUUCCAUCCACAAUAAUUUUCUAUUACUCUGCUACUUUGCCGUUUUUUUCAGCCCAUUAAAACUGAGUUACAUAAGUCUACUGCAUUGACCUUCAUUAAAGCAUUUUUUGUUUGUUUGCGCCAGAUUGGAGUCUAACAAUAUGCGUUACAAUAGGAGGGUUUCAAUUUUAUUCAACCAUUUGUAAAAUAAUAUUCAAACAUUAUUUUUUACUUGAAUCAGAGAAGUCAGAAUGAAGCGUUCGAUUAAAAACAAGAAUCGACAUCGUUGAGAGCGAUGCUAUUCCAUUCAACUCCAUUCCACCUUAACUCCGAAGUAGAAAGUAAAACACAAUUCCAAUUUUAAAAAGGGCGACCUUGACCUUGGCAAGCGGGAAAUUCAAUUCUACCGAUGCUAAUGCGUUCUUCCGUUACUCCUUUUUCACUUUCGUGCCUCGUUCUCUCUCUCUCUCUCUCUCUCUCUCUAUCUCUCUCUCUUUCUCUCUCGUUCUCUUUAUCUAUUCUACUCUAUUUCUGGUAAAUCGUUGACUCAGUAUCACGAUAGUUUGAUCACAAUUUUUCAUCAUCACCGUCCCUCCCACAAACUCCUUUACAUAUCUCUAACCCCAAACACUGGUUGUUUAGUUAAUUUGCUGAUAGUAUUACAUAUUUGCAAAGUGUAGUAGUGUUGCGUUCCUUUUUUUCCUUCCACCGUACACUUUCUGCCCCCUCCCCCCUCUCCUCCACCACCCCUUGCUUCCUCUUUCCUCUGCCCUCUUUAAAACCCUUAUUUUGUUCGUAUAUGUGUCAAUGUGUCUCCCGCCCUUAGCCCCCCCCUUACUCGGAAGACGUUUUUUGCCUCUCAUGCUGCCCCAUCGUACCAUAAUCCAUCCUUUUUUUGUCUUUUCUGUUUUCUCAUUCUCUCUCUCUCUCUUUUUCUCUGUUUCUCUCUAUUUCUCUCUCUCUCACACUCGAAUGUUGUGUAACAUUUGCUCGCUUGCUCGUGUGUGUGUGUGUGUGUACCUACUUGUGCCGUCGUGUUUGUGGCGCGCGCUCUCGUGUCCUGUUUCCGUUUCCGUUUGCACACGCCCCACGUGUGCGCUGCGCUGUGAAUUUGUGUGCGUGCUCGUUCGGUGUUGCCUUACGCGGCAUCCACUACCCGCCACUACUACCACACCCCACCAACCACCCGUUUCUGUGCGUGCGUGUGUGUGUGUAUGUGUAUGGUGGGUAUCGGGCGCAGAGCUGAAGGUGUCGUCGGGCAGCACGCUGCGCAACAGCGGGAACGUGGCGGCCGGCCACCAUCCGAAACCGCAGCCGGAGAAGGGACCGGUGAUGCUGCUGCACGAGCUCUUUACCGACGCCCACUUCGAGUGCGUCUCGUCCGACGGGCUGCAGCACUCGAAAUUCACCGUGGUCGUUACGGUGAACGAUAACCAGCGGUUCGAGGGGACGGGCCCGUCCAAGAAGAUGGCGAAGAAUGCGGCCGCCAAGGCGGCGCUCGCCUCGAUCUGCAACAUCUCGUUCAGCCCGCUGCAGCAGUCCAAGUUUGGGCUGAUAUCGGCCGGCACGAGCAACGGUUCGAUCGGCGGCCCGAGCGGUGUCGCGCUGAACGGCGACAACAGCUUCACGCAGAACAAAAACUUCGAGCUGCCGCAAACGUUCGCGGACGCGGUGGGCAAACUGGUGAUCGAAAAGUUCAACGAGGUGAUGAAGGGCAGCGACGUGUACAGCCGGCGCAAGGUGCUGGCCGGGUUCGUGAUGACCCACGGGUACGACAUCAAGACGGCGCGCGUGAUAUCGCUAGCGACCGGCACCAAGUGCGUCAGCGGCGAGCACAUGAGCGUGACCGGCUCGGUUAUAAAUGAUUCCCACGCGGAAAUUAUCGCGCGUCGCGGCUUGAUGGACUUCUUCUACAGUCAGCUCGAUCUGCUCUGCCAGCAACAGCAGCAGCAAGCGGGCACGGUGACGGCAGAGGAGGAAUCGGCAUCGUCGGUCCCCCCGGCGGCCCACGACGGCACGGCCACAGCAGCAGCAGCAGCAGCAGCAGCAGCAGCGCCAGUGGUGGCAGUGCCGUCCGGGGGGCAGGAGGCGGAACCGAACGCGCCCGACCGGCAGGCACGCCAGGAAAUCAUUUUUAACACGCCCAAAGACGGUUCGAACCUGUACACGCUGAAGGACGGCAUCUACUUCCAUCUGUACAUCAACACGGCACCGUGCGGCGAUGCGCGCGUCUUCAGCCCGCACGAAAACGACAGCAUGGACGUGGACAAGCAUCCGAAUCGGAAAGCGCGCGGACAGCUCCGUACGAAGGUCGAGUCGGGCGAGGGCACGAUACCGGUCAAGAGCAGCGAUGGCAUCCAGACCUGGGACGGUGUGCUGCAGGGUCAGCGACUGCUGACCAUGUCCUGCUCGGACAAAAUUUCCCGCUGGAACGUGCUGGGUCUGCAGGGUUCGCUGCUCGCGUCCAUCAUUGAGCCGAUCUAUCUGCAUUCGAUCGUGCUGGGCAGCCUGCUGCAUCCGGCGCACAUGUAUCGAGCCAUCUGUGGCAGGAUAGAGAGCGCAAUCCAAGGGCUUCCCCCUCCGUACCGUUUGAACAAACCGAAGCUGGCGCUGAUGACGUCGGCCGAGUCGCGCAAUCAAACGAAACCGCCCAACUUUAGUAUUAACUGGAUCACGAACGGUACCGAGGUGGAGAUCGUCAACUCGUUCACCGGCAAGCUGAUCAACAACAACACCAACACGAACAAAAUGUCCCGCCUGUCGAAGCAGUCGUUCUACCAGCGCUACUCGACCGUGAUCGCCGGCCUGCCCGGCAUACCGCUGCGCGAGGUGAAGCCGACCUACUUCGAGACGAAGAUGUCGGUCGCCGAGUACCAGCAGGCGAAGCGCGAACUGUUUGCCGCGUUCAGCAAGGAGGAUCUCGGCGAGUGGCUGAAGAAACCGAUCGAGCAGGACCAGUUCACGCUGAUCGUGGCGAAGGAGUGCAGCGAGCUCGGGCCGCAGCAGGCGCUGCCGCAGCAGGCACAGCAGCCGCAGCCGCCACCGUACGCUAACCAACCCCAAACAGUGCCAAUGCCAGCGGACGCAAAUACCGCCGCCGUGGGCAACGUUUCUUCCAUUGGAAAUAGCUCCAAAUGACAUCAUGUCAAGUACUCCUCCAGCAAGCGCAACUAUGCGUCGAUCGGCUACAGCGACAACACUAGCGCUAGCAACACUUCCGUAGAGCGUAACAACAAUUCUAGCAGUUCUUCAGGUAGUUAGUUUAAGCGGCGCUAACGUGGGCGGCGGCAUGCGCUUGGUCUGGUUUGGUUGCUGUUUUUGUGAUGCGAAAAACACCCAACUCUGAGAGGCUGGGAAAACGAAGCGGAAACGAGGGGUUUGAAAUGAGCGCGAAAGGCGUUAUAGCAGGGGGAGGGAGAGAGAGACAGAGAUAGAGAGAAGGGCGUCUUACAAAAUUUUGGGGGACAACUAUUACCAUCUUUUGACUGCUUAUUUUUUACUAUUCAGUUUUUUUUUUUAUUGCAUAAACCAGUUUUGUUUGGUUUUAGUCUUUCCAAAUGGGAUUUCAAAGUUGCAGGCAAUCUAGUUUUUAGAAUACAGCGUAUUCUAAUUUGAUUUUUUUAAAUUCUAUUAGUAAACUUCGCCGCUUACUUUUGCUUUGUGGUGAAAAUAGCAUCCCCCCAUCAUCGAAUACGGUUUAGAUUGAUUUAAGUUUGAAAUUUGAAUUCUUUUGUUGCGUUUGUGUCGUGCAAACAGAAACCCCAAGGUGUGAAUUUUUCUACAGAAAAAAAAGAAAAUGAAAAUGACACAAAAUAGUGUGAAAAAAAAAAUCUCUCUAGCAAGAGGAAAAAUAGGCAUUAGGAUUGAGUAGAGUAGGACAAAAAACAAAUAGCAUUACACAGUUUGGUAGGAACAAAGCAGAAAAAAGGAAAAAGCUGGCAACGUUUGCUUAUCUGUAAAUUUGGGCGCCCCGUUUUUGGAAUGGGGUUGCAAUACUAUGAGACUGGUUGUAGUUUCUCUACUAUCGUUUAAUUGGUAUUUUUAGAGCGUUUGAAAUAUUAGCGGUUUUAUUUCUUAAUUGCAUUAGAUUUGGCUAUCGGCUUGUGUAUUAUCGUUUGCUGUAGGGGGGGGGGGGGUGUUUUGUUUUUUGUUGUUGCUUGUGCAGCUGUUUCGGUUCAUUGCGAACACCUUCGGCCCGUAUGCGUUUAACGCCUCUGCGGGUGGAUGUGAUGUGGUUUGAUCUGCUGUCCUGUCAGCAGAUCGUGGACCAUCUGCACACUCACACACACACACACACACACACACACACACACACACACACACAUGUACAUAUAUGCCUUUGCUUGCCGGUAACAGUGAGGGCAACGAAACCUCCUCCCUCCCAGCAAACAGAUUUCAUUUCUUUACGAACGACGAUCUCAUAUUUGAUUUUAUGUUGUACUAGAUCUAUCUCCCCCUUUCUCAAAAUAUCAUAACGUACACAGCAUACACAGGGCACGAACGAAGGUGGGGCACAGCGACCACACCUCCUCUUCCACUUGCAACACCAACCCUUUCAUUUCAUACUGGUAAUAUACACACACACACACACACACACACACAUAUACAAACAUAUUUACAUAUAAUGGUAAUGCUCAAACACAGCAAACAUUUACAGACACACAUUUUAAAGGGGAACAAUAUUGCGAGCAGAGAAUACUCGAUACUGUGUGUGUGUGUGUGUGUUUUAAAGCGCUUUCCUCCUUCUUUCGUUGUCACGCAUUUUAUUUUACACAUAUCCACACGUUCAAAGUAUUGAGACACCAAUAUUGGUUUAUCGAAUUUAUUAGAUCCAAUUAUUUGCUAGACAUACUGGAUUGCAUAGUAAAUUAUUUAUUUUCCUUUCGCGUUCACACGGUCAACAAAAUUAUCCUUAUUCGAAAUAAUAAUAAUAACAAUAAUAAUAAUAAUAAUAACAGUAAUAAUAAUAAUAAUAAUAAGGCAAUAAGGUUGUGUUACAUAGUUAUUAAAAGAGGUAACAUUACAAUUUACUUCAGAAAAGCGAGUUAUAUUAACAUUACGACUAUAUAAACCUAUUGCAUUAGUAGAGUCCCUGCCGGGUCCCACCCGGUCCCAGGGGGUGUUAGCAUAGUUUGUUCGGUUCUUGCCCAAUAUUUGAACAACGUUAGUAUAGUUUGAAUUGAACGCUUGUUCAAAAGCUCUGUUUGCGUGGAGCAGGAUCGUGUACUAUUCCCGGGCGUGUUUUAUUUAGACAUACAAAUUAGAAGCCAACCAAGACGCAACCAAUGUCUCCGGGGCUGCACGAUUGUUUUGGUAAGCACGCCGCGCUCUCGGCGCGGUGCGUUCGCGUGGGACAUGUGUUUGGUUGAUAUUCGUAAAAAAUAUUGAAUUUGGACAGUUUUUACCCAUUCGAUAAUUGUUGCUAAAUUGAGUAACGCCUCACCCUCUCUUUCCUGACCUGAUGGUAGGUCGCAAUCGGUACGUUUGUCGAACGCCAAUUGGCUGUUGAAUGUUUGUUUUCUUUUCUCAGCAGCCUUUUUCAAUCGUGCGUACUCUAAACCUAGCCGAAAAGCGAAGAUGCAGCAGUGUCCUACCUAUAUACACGAGCAAAUGCAAAUAGUAUGAUAAACUAGUAGGUGUAGAUAGACACGUUUGUUUUUUUUUUAGCGAUAUUAGCAACUAACAAACAGUUGCGGGUUGGAAACAAGUGUUGCGAACGAACAGGUGUGUUACAUUGCACAGGUGUACAGGUGAAGAGAGGGUUGAUUUUUAAACAAACCGCGGAAAAAGGAUGACAAACACACAAAACAAGCAUACAGAACAGACGCUCAUACACCGGCAGUUACAGUUUAAUUGCGAUUGUGAUUUUCGUAAUCAGAAUUUUACAAGGGCCAUAGCGGCCAGGGUGCUAUGGCUAAAAUCAAAGACGACCUGCACAUUAACUAGCCCUGUAUGUUAUUAAGGCGAUUAAAGCUCUACCAAGCACGUGUUUCGAUUGUUUUCGGGUUUCGGGUUGUGUUGAUCGGGGUACUAACGUACCCCGGUAUUAGUAGUGUGUGUUCUCUACUUUACCCAGCGCAGGAGUUUCGUAACUAUUUAAAUCUCGAACAGUAUACAAAAAGGGAAAACCGUUGCAUCACAUUGGAACGGGAGACAAAUACAGUGAAAUCUCUCUAAGGCGAAUCUUUAAGGGACCGUCCGAACACAAUGCACGUGGCAUCCUUUGAUCAAUGUUUUUUGUGAACUGUCGUGCAAACAUUCCUCUUUGGAGAAUUUAGGCUGCCAAAUCGCAUAUGCAGCUUAUGGGAUAUUCGCCUUAGGGGAAGACAUUCAUCUUGAACAGACAUAAAAAGAGACAUAACCGUCAAAAUGUUCAUCUUAGAGAGAUUACACUGUACCGCCAACUCAGAAUAUUCUCACUCCCCCUCUCUCUCUCUCUCUAUCUGUCUCCUCCCCCCUCUCUCUAUUUAGCCAGUUUUAUCUAGCGCGUUUGUAGUAGUUGAAUUGCGCGCCGGUUGGUGUUUGUUUUGUUGGUUUUGCAAUUGAACAUACUGCACCUGGGCGGAAAAUCAUGUGCUCUGUGCAUUUUAAAGCGAAAAGCGAACGAUGUGUGUUGCUCGAGAUCGAAACAACAAAUUAGCAAAAAAAAAAAAAGAAAAAUCCAAUGGAUUAGGAAUUUUAAUUGGUGAGCUGCAGCUGGAGCAGAGUUUAGUGCCGUGUUGUCGCGGCAAGAAGUUGUACAGCAGGAACUUGGUUCAAUUUUAAAUCACAUCUUGCACAUACCUGUGUGUGUGUAUGUGUAUAUAUGUGUGUGUGUGUGUUUUUGUGGGUGAUUUAUAUGUCAAUUAAUUGCCGCACGCAUGAACAGCUCUCUCACAACAGUUCACAAUUUACAACUUUCUUUCUUCAGUCCUUGCGUGUCCCCACUAAGGCACCAUCUACUUCCCUCCUCUACCGGCUCCCUUUCAAGCAAAUUGCUGCAAAAGAGAUAAGAAAAAAAAACACACACACACACACACCAACCAACCCUCCAAGCAACACCAUAUGUUCGAAACUUUAUGUGAUACAUUGCUUGUAUUGUUUCUCGAACAAACAAAUACGUAUUUUUAGUGUAAGUUGCAUUACAAGUAAUCUCUCCUUUGCCCCUCCCCAAAAGCGCUGUAUGAUUUGUACAAAAGAAGCGACAAAAAACAAACAAACUAUUACGUAAAUAGUUACACCGUGUGUUGCUCGCUAUGUUGAGUUGAAUUUGAGAAUAGAGAGCAAGCAAAGCAAACGAACCGAUAUAAUAAUCAGCCCCACUCAGCAUACGGGAAUAGGGAAGUGAUCAAAACAUGCAAUUCUGCUCACACAAACACACAAAAAUGCAUACACAUAUAUAGACACAGACAUAAAAUGAUAGCAAGGCGCUCACAACAUGGGAAAAUGAAAAUGACUUUUUACAUUUAAUACAGCAAAAAAAAAAAAAAAAAAACUAGCUUGUAAGCUGCACCGAGCGUCUAGGGUGUGUGAUAUGAUAAUAGAGACGUUUUUUUUUUUGGUUGCAUGGUUGAAAAAUGGGGGAAGUCACCAUCCACCACUCGCAAGGAAGAGACGUGGGAGGCAGAGAGCACCCGGAAGGAAAGACCGCACAUGGAAAUAUGGUUUAUUUGAACUGAUUUAACCUGUACCGUGUGUAUAUCACGCUACCAACUCUGCACUCUCACACGUUUGCCCUGGAAGCAAUCUAUCCACGAACCGGCAUUCUAUAGGUUAUCGGCGUGUUACUUAAUUAGCUAAACAAUGCAAGCUGCAAAAACAAAAAAAAAACAAACAAACUAAAAGCAAUUAAUAUGACAAACGGUUUAUACUACCUACUUUGAAACAAAUGAGAUUAGGUUUUUUUUCUCUAGAACGGCAGUAGACAAGCAAAAUUAUUGAUUAUGUGCGUGUGUGUCAGUUUUCGAAAAGUAAAAAAAACACAAAGUAACGAAAAGCCAAUAUAUAUAUACCCCUUUAGUAGUUUAACAUAUUUGAUGAUAUUUGAAUUUGGCCAAUUUGAAUUUAUAUAUACACAUAUGUGAUUUGUUUGAACGGAAUUAGUGGAACGAAACAAACGUCUAGGUUUUAACGGUUGUGCGCUUUGAUUACUCAUAACUCAUAAGAAAAGCAAAGAUUGUGAAAUUGAAUUUGAUUACACCACCAACCACCACCACCACCGCCCCUUCGAAGAAAUAUGACGCAGGAGUUAAAACAGAAAAAAAGGCAGCAUUACAGGGUUUUCUCGUGUUAGCGCGUUAUCGAAAUUCGGUGGCAUAAAAUCCUUCAUGACAUGGUAAUGACAACAUCACAUUAAGAUGCCACAGAUAUACUUUAGAGCAAGCGUUUUUGGGGCGUGUGCGCUCACACCAGCCCUUACAGUGUUGGCAAUUUGUGUAACAAAAGAGAAAAGUAAUAAUUCAAACUUGUUGGUCGUUUGUUGGUUUGAAGUUAAACAAAAACAAAACAAAAAAAAAGGAACAAAUCACGCACACACGAAAGAAUCUGUUUGCUUGAGAAUGUGUGUGUGUGUCUGCAAUUAGUUCGAAUUAGCGGUAUGAUUGUUUGUUUCGUUCGAAUUUGAACGAUAAAAAGCAUACAAAAUGGAACAAUUGGAAUAAAUGCCUCCCCCUUCGCGGCGAGGGCGCGUUUAGAGCGACUAAAACAAAGCUGCGAAGCUUGGAACGGGUGGUUGGUAUUUUGGCACGCAAAAAGAGGUGACACGUUGACGCGGUAACGAAAGCAAUAACAAAGCUAAAAUCAAUAAUUGGCUGCACAUUUGGUUAGAGCUUGGAAAGCUAUCUUUUGUUUUCUCAACCCCUCCCGUGCUCUGUGCGUUGGCUGGGCACAGGGUGCAGGGAACUGUUUAGGGGGUUUGUUUUGGGUUUUGCAGGUGGUUAAAAAAAUCAACAAACAUGUUUAACAAAAAAAAACAAAAACGAUACGUUACAGGGGGAGUGGGGAUGAGAACAGAGAAAGCAAUGUUAGUGAAUUUAUAUUUAUUAAAAAAAGAUACUUUUUUAAUCUAUUAGAAUAGCUGAAAAAAAGAAACAAAAAACAAAUGGACUUGAACAAUGGAUCACAGUGACAGUGACAGUUGUAUUUAACUAACGUUACAUUUCGUUCGAAAGUUUUGUUUUUUUUUGGUGGACAGGUGGAUGGAAAGUGGGAAAACUUCGUUGUUGUUAAUUACUGCUUUUGUUUCUUUGGUAUGUUUUUUUUUUGCAACUACAAAAUUGUAACAGCGUGCAUCACCUGCAUUAAUGGCGCACACAUGUCGCUUUAACUAAACACAAUUUGAAGAAGAGCGAAAAGAAAAGAAAAAAGCCACGCAGCACCCGACGUGUACCAAGUUGCAUUUUAUCCUGCCCGACCUGGCCCGCAGCAAUAGACAAAGCAGCUCAUGCGACAACCGUUCAGUUAGUAACGCUCUCGGGUGCGUUACCGUUACUGGUUACUGGUGCGUUAUAAUGUUCUGAAAGUAUUAUUUUAGUAUCGCGUAACUCUCAACUCUCGUGUGGCGCAUGUGUGUAUGUUUCCAUUCACACCCUCACGGCAAUGUGCAAAGUAUCAGAUAGUAAAAGGAAGAAUGUGUGUGUGUGUGUGAAAUGAGACAUAUGAAACAAAAGGGCAAUAGCGCUCAGGUACAUAAAAGUGUCAGAUUAAACCAGAACAGAUGUAAGGGAGAGCAAAACCAAAAAGAUAUCAGUGCCGUUUUACAAGUCAACACCAUCUAUGUGCAUCUUAAAUAGAUUUGUAAGUAUCUCCAGUGGUCAUCCCCUCUCACAACCCCCCCCCCCCCCAUCUACCC